AUGCACCCGGCGCUCAGCAACCCUCGCGCGGUCUCAUCCUCGUCUGGCUCCUUUCCGCCGCCCCCUGCCGCCGCCCGGCUACAGCCCCUCUUCCUCCGGGGGGGUUCCUCCCGCGGCCGGAAAGGCUCGGGCGACAGCAGCACCAGCACCAGUACCAGCCGGGGGGGAGGAGGCGGCAGACGCGGCGGGGGCGGCUGCUCCCCAAGCAGCAGCACCGGCGCAGAGAGAGAGGACGACGACGAGAGCAUCAGCAUCAGCAAGCCACUGGUGCCGGCCACCGCCGCCGCGCUCCCGGGACCCCUGGCUCAGGGGGGCGCAGCGGCCGCCGACUCCGCGCCGGGCGCCUUCUCCUCCUCCACUGCCACCACAUCCUCCACUUCCACGCCCACCUCCUCUUGCAGCAUGACGGCUGCGGACUUCGGCGGGGGCGCAGCGGCUGGGGCCGUCGGGGGCUCAGGGGGCCGCUCCGCCGGGGGCGCGGGCGGUACCGGGACUGGCAGCGGCGCUUCCUGUUGCUCGUGUUGCUGCUGCUGCGGCCGCCCGGCCCGGUCUGGCCGCAGGGGUCGGCGUCGCGGCUGCACCCCAAGCCCGGGGUGCCGCUGGGGCUACCAGGCGCUGUCCGUGGUGCUACUGCUGGCGCAAGGCGGUCUGCUAGACCUGUACCUCAUCGCCGUCACUGACCUGUACUGGUGCUCCUGGAUCGCCACCGACUUGGUGGUAGUGGUGGGUUGGGCCAUCUUCUUCGUCAAGAACAGCCGGGGCCGUCGGGGCGGCGCGGUGACUGUCGCGCACAACCACCAUCAGCACCACCACCACGCUGCGCCUCCUCUGCACCUGCCCGCUGCCUCAACAGCCUCUGUUGGGGCCCCGGCCGGGGCCAAGGCGCGCGGCGGACGCGCGAGCGCCGGAGGCCCAGGGAGCUGCCCGGGGGCGACCGGGACGGCGGGGGAGUUCGCCUUCGCCUACCUGGCCUGGCUCAUCUACUCCAUCGCUUUCACGCCCAAGGUGGUGCUUAUCCUCGGCACGUCCAUCCUGGACCUCAUUGAGCUGCGCGCGCCCUUUGGCACCACCGGCUUCCGCCUCACCAUGGCGCUGUCGGUGCCCCUGCUCUACAGCCUGGUGCGGGCCAUCAGCGAGGCGGGCGCGCCCCCAGGUUCUGCGGGACCCCUGCUCCUGCAGCCCCAGCAACACCGCGCUGCUGGCUGCUUCUUGGGCACGUGUCUAGAUCUGCUCGACAGCUUUACCCUGGUGGAGCUGAUGUUGGAAGGGCGGGUGCCGCUGCCCGCGCACCUGCGAUACCUGCUUAUUUCUGUCUACUUCCUCACCCUUGCCUCGCCGGUGCUCUGGCUCUACGAGCUCAACUCCACAGCGGUGGCAGCGUCGUCCUGGGGCCAGGCCUCAGGCCCUGGCAGCUGCAGCCGCCUUCUGCGCCUACUAGGUGGCUGCCUGGUGGACGUGCCCUUGCUAGCGCUGCGGUGCCUCCUAGUGGUGAGCUACCAGCAGCCCCUCUCCAUCUUUAUGCUCAAGAACCUCUUCUUCCUUGGCUGCCGAGGCCUGGAGGCCCUAGAGGGCUGUUGGGACCGGGGGAGUCGGACCUCCCCUAGUCGGGCCAGAGGCAGUUAUGGUGCUCCACCUUCUGCCCCACCGCCCCCGCCGCCACCACCUCAGGGAGGUUCCCAGCUGGGCCACUGCAUCUCUGAGAACGAGGGGGGUCCCCAUGGUUAUGUCAACACACUGGCUGUUGCUUCCCAGAAUUGA